UCUCAAAACUAGUUUCAAACUUUCUAAUACGUUAAUUUAAUUUUUAAUAUUUCUAAUUAUAAAAAAUAAAAUUCUAAUUUAAACGAUUAAAAAGAUCUCGUAUGAUUAUAUUUUAACUUAUAAAUUAACGAUAAUAUAAAAAUUAAGCUACUUAUCAAAUUGUCUUUAUAUUUGUAUAUUGUUGUGCCCUUUCCUUCAAAAACAUUUAUCACCGACGGCGCAAAAGUGUACUUUUUCCAGAAGUUGCCGGGAGAUUAAUUCCGGCCACCACUAAUAUCGAGUUUCUCCGAUUGCCUAUAUAAAUUAAUCAAUCAGGAAAUAAAUUGAUCAUUUUGAAGAUGGCGAAAAAGAGGAAAUCUGCUGCUUCAAACCUAGAUGAGGUGGAUCGAACCAUGUACACAACCUUUUGUAGCGCAGCAACCUCUCUUUCUCAACUUUAUACACAAGCCAUGAACCACCAGAAACUUUGUUUUCAGGCCGGUGAACGCCAUGGACAUGAAAAACUUUAUCAGUGGAUCUUAAGACAACAAGAGACGGGUGUUAGAGUGACAACAAUGGACAUACUUACUUUCCUUCAGAAUGAGCUUGAUUAUUGUGGAGAUGAAACAUCAAUGUCCCCUCGAGCUCCCAUAGCACAUCACCAUUCACAAGCUCCCUCACAUAUUGCAAAUACUGGAUUUCUUCAUUCUGGAUCAUCAGCCCAAAUUCAAGCUGCUCACUUACCACCUAGAUCUGAGCAGUAUGAAAAUCAGACUAAGAAUUCAGUCUUCUCCAAUGCUUUGGCAAGUCCGGUCCGUAGGACUCUUCAGCACUAUCACCUAGCUCAAGGAGGGUAUUGCCCAAGCGGUGCAUCCCCACCACCACCCGGUAAUGCUGCGCGAAGUAAUGAAAGCAAUUAUGGAAGUAACCAGAACAAGGAUUCAAACUCAAAUGAUUCAUUAAUGGACAUGCAUCAAGAUAGCCCAGGUCCCGAAUCUAGUUACUGACUAGUCAUUUGUCCCAUAAGCUGAUUGUCAUGGAUGAAUGUUCUGUUUGUUGUGGCAUACUUUGAGGUUGCUGUUAGUUGUUUUCCGUAGUGGAUAGAGCCACAGACGUCCUGAAUGGUUCAGGGACUGAAACUUAUUUUGUAUUCACUGGCUUGAGGUGUGUGAAUAGGGAUGGAAAUCGGGAAGGUGUUGGUGUGUAUGCGUCUGAACGGUGCACAACAGAAGUUACCCUUCACUACAAUUUAAUGAACCUAGCGUUUUUUCUGUUAAAAUAGCAGUGUCAAAAGUAGUAUAUAUACUUUUCUCGAUGUCAUAUUGUCUAAUUUCAUAAUGUCGA